GAGGCGGCUAAGCGACCCCUAGCUCUGGAAAUGGGGCUGGGCGGUGAUUCUGCAAGAUGGCGGCUCCCUCAUAAAUCCGCUGAAAGGGACCGCUGUCAUCUUUUCAGAGUCCCUUUGUCUGAAAGGCCAAAAACCGAAUAGAAUCUAGGUCUCUGAAAGGACGCCCGGGUGCUGGUCCGCAGCUUGAAGGCCAGAUGUUAAGCUUGCCAAGUGAGAUUGGGCAGCCCGGUGUGUGAAUCUGGAGCGAAAGUGAUGGACCAAGGUCCUUUCACCUCAACUGAUGCGUUAAGACUCUUUAAACGGAUCUCAGUUUCGCACUCCGGGAGUGGAAUCAGUGUCUGCCAGGGUGAAUUUGCUUUGAAUACUUAGGACCAGGCUUCCUGGGGAUAAGAUAGUACCUAUGAGGGAAGGAAGAGGAGACCCUAGGAUCAGCACUUCAUCCUUCACCAGAAACCUCUUAGUAGAGCUUCAGAGAAGAGUAGAAAGAGUUAAGAAUAGAAAAGAUGUUAGACUUGCUGGCUGUGUCCACGGGCAGCAGAAAAUGGCUAAGUCCCAGGAGUCACUGUCAUUCAAGGAUGUGGCUGUGGUCUUCACCUGUGAGGAGUGGAAGCUCCUGGACCCUGUUCAGAAGAACCUCUACAAAGAAGUCAUGUUGGAGAAUUAUAGCCACCUAGUAUCAGUGGGGUACCAAGUUGCAAAAGAAGAUGCAGUCUUACAGCUGGAGCAAGGAAAACGAUGGAUAUUAGAGGAAGAAAUCCAGAGUCAGAUUUAUCCAGAAGAUGCCUGGAAAGUUGAUGGUCAUAUAGACUGUCACCAAGAAAACCAAGGCAACAUUGAAACAAUGGAAAGUGACCACAACUGUAAUGCCUUUGGAAAAACAUCUCAUCUGAGCUCAAACCUAGAGAUUCCUUUAGUACAACGAUCUCAUACAUUUGACGCACAAGGAAAACAUUUGAAACCUAAUCUAGAAUACAUUAUUCAAAAUAGAAACUAUGCAGGAAAUGAAGCUGGACUUAAUGACCAUGACAAAUUAUUUUUUCAUACUAAUCAUGAGAAAAUUCAUACUGGAGAAAAACUCAGUGAAUGUAACGAAUGUGUAAAGCCUUUCAUUCAUAAAUCACAGCUCAUUAAACACUGGAAAACUCAAUUAGGAGAGAAACAAUAUAACUGUAGUGAAUGUGGGAAAGCUUUCUCCCAGAAGUCAGACCUCAUUAAACAUCAGAGAACACACACUGGAGAGAAACCCUAUGGAUGCAGUAAAUGUCAGAAAGUAUUCAGCCAGAAUUCCCAUCUCCUUCUACAUCAGAGAUCUCAUACUGCAGAGAAGCCUUACGUGUGCAAUAAAUGUGGGAAAGCCUUUACCGGUAAGUCAUGCCUUAAUAAACAUCAGCGGUCUCACACAGAAGAGAAACACUUUGAGUGCUGUAUAUGUCAGAAGGGCUUCAGUGAUAAGUCACAACUGGAUUUGCACCAAAGAAUUCAUACUGGAGAGAAACCCUAUAGAUGCAGUGAAUGUCAGAAAAGCUUCAGCAAUAAGUCACAACUCAUUAUCCAUCAGAGAACUCACACAGGAGAGAAACCCUAUGGUUGCAGUGAAUGUGGGAAAACAUUUCCCCUUAAAUUUAGCCUCAUUUUACAUCAGAAAACUCAUACAGGAGAAAAACCAUAUGGAUGCAGUGAAUGUGGGAAAGCCUUCAUCCAGAGGUCUGAGCUUAUUAGACAUCAGAGAACUCACACAGGAGAAAAGCCUUAUAAUUGUAGUGAAUGUGGAAAAGGCUUUAGUGUAAAGUCACUCCUCAAUACCCACUGGAGAACACAUACAGGAGAGAAACCUUAUGGAUGCAGUGAAUGUGGCAAAACAUUCUCCAUCAAGUUCAGUCUCAUUCUACACCAAAGAACUCAUACAGGUGAAAAACCCUAUGAGUGUAGUCUGUGUCAGAAAGCUUUCACCCAAAAGUCACACCUCACUAUUCAUCAGAGGUCUCAUACUGGAGAGAAACCUUAUGAAUGCAGUGAAUGUCAGAAAGCCUUCAGCCGAAAGUCAUCUCUCCUCAUUCAUCAGAGAAUUCACUCAGGAGAGAAACCUUAUGAGUGCAACGAAUGUGGAAAAACUCUCUCUCACAAGUUUAGCCUCAUUAUUCAUCAGCGAAUCCAUACAGGAGAGAAACCGUAUGGAUGCAGCAAAUGUGGGAAAACUUUCCCCAUCAAGUUUAGCCUUGUUUUACAUCAGAAAACUCAUGCAGGAGAGAAACCUUAUGAAUGUAGUUAAUGUCAGAAAUCUUUUGCCGAGAAGUCAUAUCUUUUGAUCCAUCAAAGGACUCACACAGGGGAGAAACUUUAUGGAUGAAGUGAGUGUUGGAAAAUUUUCUCCCACAAAUCCAGCCUCAUCUUACAUCAGAAAACUCACAGAGGAGAGAAACCAUGACUAAGGUGAAUAGCCAAAAGGAAACACUGAGAGGGAAUUGCCCAUUAGACUGCAGAGUUUAUAUAAAAGUGAAACCCCAAGACUACAGUAUAUGUGACCAACCUUUCUUUUCAAACUCACACCUCAUUACCCAUCAGAGAGCUGAACUGGGCACAAUGCCGGCCAGGAGGAAAUCCCUUUUCCAACAGAUGUCAUCUGUGUGUGGCUCUGAGAAUAUGAACAGGAAGGAAUGUCUAUGUAUGUACUGACUGUGGGGAUGCUGUCAGCCUGAAAUUCACCUAGACUGGUAUCAGAAAAUUGACAUUGAGGAAAAAAUUACAUGCUUUAAUGAAUCCAGGGAAUCGUGCUCUCAUGGAUAUCAUUUUAUGAGGAUAUUUUUUUCCUUUUGUUAUAUGAGACUGCAUUAUAAAUAAUAUUAACUCUAUAAUAAAUUGAUUUCUCAGAAAACAAAGCAAGAAGUAUACCAGAACAAUCUCAGAAUAUGUGAGGGAUUUGUACCUACAUUUGUUAUGAAAAUUGUUUCAUAUUUGGGAGUUGCAUGUGUUAGCAUAUCAGUUGUGAAUAUGUAGUACGUAUGCUGAAAUGUAUAUAAAGUAUCCUGUAAAAUAUCUUCAUUGAAUCCUUAUAUCAUUAUAAUGCAACAUAAAUUUUUAUGGAAGUACAUGGUAUGUGAUUUUUGUAAGAAAUCUCAAUAUAUUACUAUAUAUAUAUUUUCCCCCUACUGUUUGAUGUUAUUUGUAAAUGGAUCUGGAAAUUGUUGAGCCUCUUGAGUAAAACUGUAUUUCAUAGAUUUUAAGAUGAAGCUUUUCCCCCCUUUAAUUAAGAGGUGGUGUUCAACUGAUGGCAUGACAUAUUUAAGUAGAAAAUUUUUCUUAUUGGUGCAUAAAAUAAUGAUGUAUCUUACAAUCAGUGGCAUUUUGGAUUGGAUGAAAUACAGUAGAAGCCAUCAUCUUUAUAACAGAUUUUGUUCCUUUUAAGCCAGUCAGAUAUUUAGGGUAUGAGAAAGAUGACUACUCACAGUUAUUUUCCAUCUCUGAAUUCUGAACUGUUUGAGAGAGAGUCCUUGAUAUCAGACAGAUGGAGAUUAAAGAUUAUAUUAUUCCUGAUAUUCCUUUAUUGUAUAAUAUGGCUUGAUCCUGUGGUCAAAUAAAACAACUUUCUGCUUCCCCCAUACUGACCAAGAUAUGUAAAUUAUGCUUCUCAUUGAAAGUGCAGAAACCCAACUUCAGGUAUAGUUUUUUAAAUCCCUCUACGAUACAGUUGGAAAGUCUCAUAAUUGGUUUCCUUAAGUAGUGAUUAAACUCUAAGAUACAUUGGGCAUGAUUUUAAUUUCAAAAAAUAUAUUUCCUCUUCAAGCACAAUGUUUUACAUUAAAAUGGAGGAUUAAAGCUGCCGCAAUUACCCAGGGUGAGAUCAUUGAACAGACUCAGGAGAGUCCACAAAUUACAGAAGAUUCCAGUAAAGACAGAAGCUAUACAAUAGCAUGAGAAAGAUGGGGAGAUAGGGGGGUGGGGGGAUGGCAAAACAAUAGAGGCAGAAAUCAAGGACCUCUGAGGCAUGCGGACAAGGAUUCCAGGGACCUUCUCCAGUCACAAAGGAUUCUGCAUCUCUGCAUCACAAGUCAUCAACAUACUCAUGAAGCAUCUCAGUCUUAGGGAAGCCAAAGCCCAAGUUUAUUAAGUGUUUUUUAUCCCCUGGUUACAGA